AUGCGCGCCGCACUCGCGCUCCUGGCCGCCACUACGCCCGCAUUCGCCGCGUUCAACCUCGUCAAGGACUUCUCCGGGACGAACUUCUUCAAUGGUUGGGACUUCUUCGACGGGUUCGACAAUACGACAAACGGCGACGUGAACUUCGUCAGCCAGGCGAACGCAACCGCCUCGCAACUCGCAUUCGUGAACGCCGCUGGACACGCCAUCGUGAAGGUCGACAACACCUCCUUCGUGCCGUUCAACUUCAAGCGUAACUCGGUCAAGAUCAUCUCGCACGACUUCUUCCCCAUCGGCAGUAUUUUCCUCUUCGACGCGCUGCACCUGCCCUUCGGUUGCUCCGUAUGGCCGUCCUUCUGGACUAUGGGUCAGAACUGGCCUGCGGGUGGCGAAAUCGACAUCCUCGAAGGCGUGAACAAGAUGACCAUCGACCAAAUGACUCUGCAUGCCAUCGGCGGGUGCUCCCAGGCAGCGGGCGUUACGCAGCUCGGCAAGACUGUCGGCACGGAUUGCUCUGCAGGCCAGAAUUCGAGCCAGGGCUGCACCGUGCAGGAAACCCAGGCGAACAGCUACGGCGAGGGCUUCAACGACAACGGCGGGGGCGUCUGGGGCGCGCAGUUCGACGAAUCCGGCGUCUUCAUCUGGUUCUGGGGUAGGAACAGCAUCCCCGCAGACGUCUCGAGCGGCGGGAACACGGUCGACCCGAGCACCUGGGGCACGCCCUCCGCCGCGUGGCCGUCCUCGUCCUGCAACAUCAGCGAGUUCUUCAAGCCCCAGCAGAUGGUCAUCGACAUCACCCUCUGCGGAGACUUCGCCGGCCAGCCGAACAUCUACCAGCAGACCUGCGGAGGCCCGCUCGGCAACAGCUCCGUCUCCAUCUGCUACAUCGACAACGUCAUCAACAACGGCACCGCGUACGACGACGCCUACUUCGAGAUCAACUACGUCAAGGUCUUCUCCAACACCGCCGCGCUCACGCCCACCGUCUUGGGCGGCACGACCGUCCUCGCGUCCGACACCGCCGGGGUCUCCGCGACCGGGUCCGCGUCGGGCAGCGCCGCCUCGGCCUCAGGCUCCGCGGGCUCGGGCUCCGGGUCGAACGCGGCGGCCGUCGCUGGGGUGCGCGCGGGGCUCGCGAUGUGGGGCGCGACGGUGUGUGCGGCGUUCGUGUGGGCGCUUUUGUGA